AUGAGACAGCCGACUGCGGACACCAUGGCCAGCACCGCAGUACUACUGGGCAGGUAUUCGUCGCGGUCCGCGGAUCAGCUGCAUGACCGAUGCAAUAACAGGGUGCCCGUCAACGGCGGCGGGGCCGCAAUCGUUCUCGGCAGAUCGGACUUAUUUAGCGUGUCUCCCAUUUGUCCAGGACUGGCCCUCUGUGGCGCUUUGUCCAUUUAUACGGACAAAGAGACGGUGGCCGCGCUCCGGCCAACGUGCCUGAUCAAUUGCGCCGGCGAGCUGCCCGACACGCCUUUACCGGAUACAGUGCACAGGUACCACAAGGUACCAGUGGCGGAUACCGUGGUUACCGACCUCGGACCACACAUGGACACGGUUACCGAUCUCAUACACCAGGAAUAUAUGUCUGGAGGUACAACAUUAAUACAUUGUGCAGCUGGAGUGAGCAGAUCGGCUGCUUUUUGCAUAGCAUACUUGAUCAAAUAUCGUGGGAUGACCAUGAAUAAUGCAUAUCGUCACGUAGCCAAAUGCAGACCUUGCAUAAAUCCAAAUGCGGGAUUUAUAAGUCAGCUAAUAGAAUUCGAAGGAAAAUUUAGAGAGGAAUAG